GACCGGACCGUUGUUGUUCUCCGAGGCGAUCUGCACGGGUCGCUGGCACCAUUGGCCGAGUAUCGAGGUGACUUCCGACCAGUUUAGCUGAUGUUGCCACCGUCAACAUAAACAGCUGGAUCACAGAGACGAACCAUCCUCCGGUUUUUUUUUUGUCUUCUGCUGUGUGUACUGACUGUAUAAAUAAAUUCAUACCCGAUAUAGCGGUAGUCGACAUUCCACGGGUUGAUCGUCGUUUCCCGUCCGUGAUCAUCGUCGUCGACGUCGUCGUUGUUUGUUAGUUGAUUCACGUUUCCAGAUGUACCGAGGGCACUUACGACGCUCUUAAAGUGGAUGGAAAGUGCAGUGCGCAUGUUCAAUUUUCGUUUGUUUGUGACCCAGCUGAACUGUAUAGUUAGUUAGGAGCUCUUGAGCGUUUAAUCUGUACCUUGAUAGCUUCCAAAGCUUCUCCAAGUGGGAGACCGAAAGAGGGUGGGAUCGUUAUGUGUGUCUUUUUUCGUGCCUCCGACCUGUCUCUCUUGCAUAAAGUAGAUCACCACAGUGAGUGAGGCUGCUGGCGGCAUGCAGUGAUUGGCAGUGUCGAGAGAUGGUAGUGGCUCCUAAUAUGCAUUGAAUGCGGGAAAGUUGUCACGUCAACUAAGUCCCAGCCAAGUUACUAACUGAGCCUCGCUAAGUUGUGGGAUCAUCUACGGUGCAACUACAAUUUCGAGUGAAGCUUUUCAUACAUAUAAUAUGAACUAGUUAGUUGCUGCUGCAUUUGAUGAUACUUGUGUACAUCGAAACAUCAUGAAACAGUGAAGUGAUGUGAUAUGUGAUGCAGCUUCGUUUCGUUUCGGAUCGGAUCGGAUGUGCUAACGAAUAAUGCAAACAAUUGACCGCCAUCACUUCCAACGUAGUCUGUUAGAUAAAAAAAAAUCAACGUGUGAUAGUAAUCAACCGGCUUUGUGUGUAACGAGCAAGUGGCAAGGUGAAAAGAUUUGAUUAGAUAUGUGAUAUACAUUGUGUGUGCUGAGUGCUGAGCAGAAGACCAACAGUGUUCAACAAAAUAUAAGUGAAAAUUCGAUAGCGAAAAAAAACUAGAUUUACUUUUAUUCAAUUUCGGAACGGGACGGUGGGUUGAAAUUGGCGAAUAAUUACGCCGGAUGGAAAUUGAACGCAGAUGAUAUAGUAGGUAGUUACAAGAUCCAGAUGAUUAUGGUGGAAUUUGGAUUUCACGAAGCUGAACAGAAGACCGCAUUGUCAAAACGACGCAAUUCCGGAACCUGCACAUCGUUACUCCAUCGUCAAUUCGCUGCUCCACUGUUAUUAUUAACGAGGCGUAAGAGCGGAAAUUGAUAUUCUACCGUGGUGAUCAUUGGCCGCGGGCCACGCGAGCUCUGUGAGCCGAAUGCUUCUCCAAUGUUGUUGUUGUUUGAUUGGUGGAUAAAAGUGCCGGCUCAAGACCAGAGACGUAACGACGCGGACGGUUGGUGACGGUGUGACAUAUCGAAAAGUAUGCGAUAGCAAUUUGUUGUGUCGUGUUUGCAGGAAUUUUUUUCUACAAUUUUAUCGAAUAUUCGAACCGUUCGAAUGACAUCAUUUCGACACACGCGGUCAUCAGUAGUGAGUGAAAAGUGCUAACUAAUAGUCCGGUGACAAAGACCGAUAGGUUCCCCCGCGCAGUGCGUCGUCGUAGUCCAAUCACAAAUAGCCUAUAGAAUAGGAAGUUAGCAGUAGUAAGCCAUGAGCGUCGCCGCUGUUGAUUCCGAUGCCACAAAUGGCGACGAUGGCGUCGCGGAUCUUAACAAUGGAACCAACGGAACCCACACAUUCGGAACCAAUAUGGACUCGCCCAAAACGGUCACAUCUUCGUCGUCUUCUUCGUCGGUGGCCACGAUCAUGUCCAACAACAGCAGCAGCAUCUUCAAGAGCACCAGCAGUGCCAGUACGCGAUCUUCUUCGUAUCACUUCCAGCAACAGCACCACCAUAAUAUGCACCAUCAGCUCAGGAGCGCCUACGGGGCAUCCGAGGAAAUGCUGGAGACAGAAAAGGCCAGCCUUGUGGAGCGAGUCAAUGAUUUGGAGCGAGUAGUGUUGGAGCAGAAGGACGAAAUCGUUUGCCUAAAGUCGACCUUGGCAGACGUCCUGAGACGGUUGAGCACAAUUGAUAACAGCUAUGACAGCGGCAAGGCUACAGAUGCUAGUUCUCACAGCAGCUCCGUGUUGUCUGGCAAAAACUUCCGGUUUUCCCGUAACACGAUUACACGACUUAACUCCAGCGUCGAUGAGAAGCGAUUCGGCCGAGUUCCGUCCAGGGUUACAAGCUCGCCGUCCCGCACGAUGUCCAUGUCGUCCCCGGGAACGGCCAAGGCGAGCAGUCUGGCCCAGAAAGCUAUCCACCAUUCGAACGGGUCACUGCAUUCCGAUUCGAUGAGCAGCCAUUCGAUUUCGCCUGCCCCUUCGCCUUCACCCAAGCAGCCCAACAUGCAAAAUUUAGCAGCCUCGGCCGUUGCUGGACUCGGUGGCCUCGCAGCUAGUGGCAUGGGCAAGAGGUGGAGUUCGACAGGAGACUUCGUCAGUGGAUCGCCCAAUCCGUCAGUCAGUAGUACAACCAACAGCAUUUCCCGCUUCUCAACCAAGUCGCUCGUGAACUUGAACAGUGCUCUAUCGGGUGCAGCAUCCCGGCAGCAAACCCACGCAUUCGUCCAGAAGAAAGAUGACGACGAUUAUCUCAAGCUGUACAUCAGCGGCCGGCCGAUUGUUUUACACAUUCCAGAAGCUCAAAUUAGUACGUACGAUACGAAUAAGGUUCAACCAGCACCGAACAAACGACUCCGGCUGGACUGGGUCUACGGAUAUCGCGGGAAGGACUGUCGCUCAAAUUUACACCAGCUGCCGACGGGUGAAAUGGUUUAUUUUGUGGCCGCUGUGGUGAUUCUGUACAAUAUGGAUGAACAGUCCCAGCGACACUAUCAGGGGCACACGGAUGACGUGAAGAGCUUGGCGGUGCACCCGAACAAACUGUUGGUCGCAUCCGGGCAGUGCGGAGGUCACGAUGGCCAUGACACGUUACCCCACAUUCGGGUGUGGAACUCGGUCUCGCUGGCCACUUUGAAUAUCAUCGGGAUGGGUGAAUUCACCGGUGCAAUUAAUUGCUUGUCAUUCAGCCGAGCUGAUAGUGGAACUAUAUUGGCAGCAAUAGAUGAUUCCCCAGAUAAAAUUAUCUCGAUAUGGGACUGGCAGAAGAAGGAUAAUGGCAAAAGGAUAACGGAAACGAAAUGCUCGGUGGACACCAUCGUGGCCGUAGAGUUCCAUCCACUGGACAAGGGCCAGAUAAUUACGAUUGGCAAAAACCACAUUGCCUUCUGGUCGUUGGAUCAAAAUGGUAUGCUGUAUAAAAGGAUGGGGGUGUUUGAGAACCGCGAGAAGCCGAAAUAUGUGACGGCCAUAUCGUUUACGCCGAUCGGUGAUGUAGUAACGGGUGAUUCUAAUGGAAACAUAUCGAUUUGGCCUCGGGGAACGAAUGUGAUUAGCCGAUUUUUGAAAAAGGUUCACGAAGGUUCAAUCUUCUCCAUAUGUGCCUUGAGGAAUGGAGGAUUCGUGUCCGGUGGCAAAGAUGGUCGGCUAGUUUUGAUGGACGAUUCAAUGAGGCUGAAGUCGGAACAACUUGUUGAGCCUCACUUUGGCGCCGUAAGAGUCGUUACUCAGGGCAAAGGUUCGCAGCUUCUGAUUGGAACCACCAAAAAUUGUAUUCUCUCCGGAGAUUUUACGCUUGGCCUCGGGCCAAUUGUCAUGGGUCAUAUUGACCUGGUAUGGUCUCUCUCAUCGCAUCCCCAGGUUGCACAGUUUGUAACGGGAGGGCGGGAUAGGUUGUUGCAGCUGUGGGAUUCACUGUCGCAUUCGGUGGUGUGGAGCAAAGACAUCGGAGAGCCAAUUCAAUCCGUUCAGUUCUCCAACAAUGGGGAAUCGAUUAUCGUUAGUGGCGUGGGUGGUCGAUGGAUGGUAUUCGACACCGUAACUAGGGAGCUGCUAGCCGUGUACCAAGAUGGGCAAGACGUUAUUCAAACUAUCAAAUUUUCGCCCGACGGAAACCUGUUGGCUCUCGGAUCGAAAGACGGUUGCAUCUACAUUUAUCAAUGUACUAAGGCACUGCACCGAUUUUCCAAAAUUGGAAAAUGCACAGGUCACUCCAGCUUUAUUUCCCACAUAGAUUGGUCAAAGGAUAGCCAAGUACUUCGAACAAACUCCGGAGAUUACGAACUACUCUACUGGAAUCCCACCCUAUGCCGCCAAAUAACGACCCACAGCAACGUUCGGAAUCUCGAGUGGGCAACGCAAUCCUGUACGGUAUCCUUCGAAACGCUCGGCAUUUGGCCGGAAGGGUUCGACGGAACCGACAUCAACAGUGUCUGCAAAGACGGGGAAGAACAGUUCCUGGUCACGGCCGAUGAUACCGGGAAAAUCCGUCUCUUCGGAUAUCCCGCAUCACAACCAAAGUCACUUUCCCACGCCUACAGAGGUCACAGCAGUCACGUGACAUCGGUCAAAUUCAUGCACGAUGGAGUUCGACUUUUGUCCGCUGGAGGGCUGGACACCAGCGUUUUACAGUGGCGAGUCGUUUAGUGUAGCAUCAUACCACUUAUGUCCUACUACUACUAACGAAUUAUCGUUUGAAAAUCUUCGCGUACACCAAGUAACUCUAUUUAUUAUAACAUUUUCUAUUCCGUGAUUAAACAAAUUAUGCCAGAAGUAAACAAAAAACUAAACUCUAAGAUCAGGAACAAACUUUUGAAUUCAAAUGUUACUCUUACGAUGGUCCUUGAAUCGUAUAGAAAAUAAUAAAUCAUUAUUCUAUUUA